AUGGCUCUGGAGCAGAACCAGUCAAUGGAAUAUUACUAUGAGGAAAACAUAAUGAAUGGUACUUAUGACUACAGCCAGUAUGAAUCGGUCUGCAUCAAAGAAGAGGUCAGGCAGUUUGCAAAAGUCUUCCUUCCUGCCUUCUUCACAAUAGCCUUUAUUAUUGGACUGGCAGGGAACUCCAUCAUUGUGGCAAUUUAUGCCUAUUACAAGAAACAGAGGACUAAGACAGAUGUGUACAUCCUGAAUCUGGCUGUGGCAGACUUACUGCUUCUGGUCACAUUGCCUUUCUGGGCAGUUAAUGCAGUUCAUGGGUGGAUUAUAGGGAAAAUGAUGUGCAAAGUAACUUUGGCCCUAUACACGGUAAACUUUGUCUCUGGGAUGCAGUUCCUGGCCUGUAUCAGCAUUGACAGAUACUGGGCAAUCACUAAGGCCCCCAGCCAAUCAGGAGUGGGGAGACCCUGCUGGGUCAUCUGUUGCUGUGUGUGGAUGGCUGCUAUCUUGCUGAGCAUACCCCAGCUGGUUUUCUAUACUGUGAAUUAGAAUGCCAAGUGCACUCCCAUUUUUCCCCACCAUCUAGGAACAUCCCUGAAAGCAUCCAUUCAGAUGCUGGAAAUCUGCAUUGGCUUCGUGGUUCCCUUCCUUAUUAUGGGGGUGUGCUAUGCCAUCACUGCCAGGGCACUCAUCAAGAUGCCCAACAUUAAAAAGUCUCGGCCCCUCAAGGUUCUGCUCACAGUGGUAGUGGUUUUCAUUGUCACCCAGAUGCCUUACAACAUCGUCAAGUUCUGCCAAGCCAUAGAUGCCAUCUACUUGCUGAUCACUGACUGUGACAUGAGCAAGCACAUGGAUGUUUUCAUCCAGGUCACAGAGAGCCUCGCACUCUUCCACAGCUGCCUUAACCCUGUCCUGUAUGUCUUCAUGGGGGCCUCUUUCAAAAACUAUAUCACAAAAGUGGCCAAGAAAUAUGGAUCGUGGAGAAGACAGAGACAGAACAUGGAGGAAUUUCCUUUUGACUCUGAGGGUCCUACAGAGCCAACCAGUUUCUUUACCAUUUAA